AUGCCGGAGCCUCUUCUGAAAUUAUUAAGAUAUAAUCAAAACUCAACAUCAUGUUAUCUAAUAGAGUGGAACGAUGACUGUGCCACAGUAUUUAAUACGUUAAAGCAACGACCAGUAUCACUACCUAUGAUGCAAGCUUCAAACUUUUCUUAUCCAUUGAUACUGGAAUUAGACGCAUGUGAAUACGGCAUUGGAUGCGUACUUACUCAAAAAUAUGACAAACACAAGUAUGUGAUUGCAUAUGCAAGCCGAACAUUCAACACGGUCGAAAGAAAUUACAGUGCAGUUGAACGCGAAGCUCUCGCCAUAAACCAAGCAAAACAUGCACCAUAUGUAUUAGUCAACAACUUACUAUAUAAAGUACGCCAUUUCAAUACUUAUACAGAUCAUCGAAUUUUAGGGAACAAAUAUCUUCUCGUUAUAUCAAAAUCACUACAACAACCAUUAUUACAAUUAGCUCACGACCACCCAACAGUCGGGCACGCCGGACGAUUGAAGACAUUACAUCGAUUAUCAUCGCGAGUCUAUUGGCCCUUAAUGAGAAAUGACAUAUUCAACUAUAUACAAUCUUGCUCAACUAGUCAACAAUAUAAAUACGAUAAUUCACCAAAAGCAAAUCCAAUGCAGUUACACACUGUUUUACGACCAUGGCAUACAAUAGGUAUUGCUAUUAUGGGACCGUUUCCCCCAACGUUUCGUCAAAAACGAUUCUUAUACGGUGCUCCAAUUUACAUAUUAUCAGAUAAUGGACCACAAUUUAUAUCAACCUUAUUUAACGAAGUAUGUAAAGAUUUAGGCAUUACACGCAAAUUUACAGCCAACUACCAUCCUCAAACUAAUAUGACAAAACGAGUAAAUCGUAAUCUCAAAACUUUAAUCGCCAUGUAUACUCAAAAGAGUCCCGGGUUAUGGGAUAAGGAACUUCAAAAAUCUGCUUUUGCCAUCCGAAUGUCCAUUAAUGAAUUAAUAGGGAAUACACCAGCAUACCUAAAUUUUGGUCGGGACCCUCUGAUGACACCCCUUGAUCUUCUUCUAAAUAAACCAACAACGAACACAUCAGUAAUUACACCUGAGUACAAAUUUCUACAACAAUAUCGCUACGAAUUGGCUCUAACGUUACGUAACACAUAUGAACUGGUCCGUGAAUAUUCACUGGUUCAGAAAUUUAGCCAGAAAAAUAAAUACAACAAGCACACAAGUCAACGACAAUUCUUUGUAGGUGACCUAGUAUGGAUUCAAAUUCCUACUCCUCAAAUUGACAAUACGAUUGGUACAAUUACCUCGAAAUAA